UCAACUAGGCAUACAGAAAGCUGGCCAAGGAAUACCAUCCUGAUAAGAAUCCAAAUGCAGGAGACAAAUUCAAAGAAAUAAGCUUUGCCUAUGAAGUCUUGUCCAACCCCGAGAAACGUGAGCUGUACGACCGCUAUGGGGAGCAAGGCCUGAGGGAAGGCAGUGGCAGCAGUGGCAUGGACGAUAUUUUCUCCCAUAUCUUUGGUGGUGGAUUGUUCAAUUUCAUGGGAGGUCAGAGUAGAAGUCGUAAUGGCAGAAGAAGAGGAGAAGAUAUGAUGCAUCCACUCAAAGUCUCUUUAGAAGAUCUGUAUAAUGGAAAGACAACUAAACUACAACUUAGCAAGAAUGUCCUUUGUAGUGCGUGUAAUGGGCAGGGAGGGAAGGCUGGAUCUGUUCAGAAGUGCAACGCGUGCCGGGGCAGAGGUGUGCGCAUCAUGAUCAGACAGUUGGCUCCUGGAAUGGUCCAGCAGAUGCAGUCUGUGUGCUCUGACUGCAAUGGAGAAGGUGAAGUAAUUAAUGAAAAAGAUCGCUGUAAAAAGUGUGAAGGGAAGAAGGUGAUCAAAGAGGUAAAAAUACUUGAAGUCCAUGUAGACAAAGGCAUGAAACAUGGGCAGAGAAUUACAUUCAGUGGAGAAGCAGACCAGGCUCCAGGUGUGGAACCAGGUGAUAUUGUCCUUUUACUCCAAGAAAAGGAGAAUGAGGUGUUCCAGCGGGAUGUGAAUGAUUUGCAUAUGACACACAAGAUUGGACUGGUUGAGGCACUGUGUGGAUUUCAGUUCACAUUUAAGCACCUUGAUGGACGCCAAAUUGUGGUUAAAUACCCUCCUGGAAAAGUAAUUGAACCAGGUUGUGUUCGUGUAGUCAGAGGUGAAGGAAUGCCACAGUACCGUAAUCCUUUUGAGAAGGGGGAUCUCUACAUUAAAUUUGAUGUCCAGUUUCCUGAAAAUAACUGGAUUAGCCCAGAAAAGCUUUCAGAACUUGAAGAUCUUCUGCCAGCUAGACCAGAAUUUCCCAAUGUAAUUGGUGAUGCAGAAGAGGUAGAUCUGCAAGAAUUUGAUACCACUCGUGGUUCAGGUGGUGGCCAGAGACGUGAAGCUUACAAUGAUAGUUCUGAUGAAGAAAGCAGCCAUCAUGGACCUGGGGUACAGUGUGCCCAUCAGUAAACAUUUGUCUAAAAAGUUGCACAAGGAUUUUCUUUCAAAAUUUUGCCUGACUUGUUUUCAACAAUCCAGCUGGAUUGUAUAAGUAAUCCAGAUGAACCAAUGGACAUCUAUUGCUGUAUGUGUAACUUUUAAAAUUGGUCUAUAGUAUCUCCAGAGUGUAAUUUAAACUAACCACAAGCUUACAUCUUCAUUUUGACUGUGUAGCAGAAUAAAGCACUUGAAAGGAAGACGAGACUCCUUUUCACAUGGGUUUUAAGUUUGUCCUCGUAUCUGUGCUUGAUUUUUACCAGUUUGUGUAGAUUUUAAGUUUCAUAUUUUAAAUUCGAAUUCUACAUUGUAAAGUUUGUGUACAAUUUGUCCUGAGGCUUGGUAUUUGGCUGCACCUGCAUAAGCUGCUACAAGUAGAAUCAAGAAUUUCAUAGCCUGUAUCUAUCAUCUAGAUGCAUGGUAAAUGGGCUUUGCACAUAAUGGGUUUAGAGCUGACUGGGAACAAUGAAAGACUAAAUUAGAAGUGGUUGUAAGUUUUUUCUACCAUCUUGUGAACGGUUUCUGAAAUUAAAUAAAAGCAGUUGGUGUAUAAUAUA